GUGCGGUUAGCUUAGCGUUAGCAACAUUUUCUUAUCAGUUAGUUCUAUGUCGACCUGAGUAGUUUAAAGUGUUGUGACAUUUAAAAAAAAUAUAAUAUAUUUAUGCAUGUAGUAGUAUGCCGAAAGCGGGUGACCAUGCCUUUGAAUUAAAGAAGCGUCGAUCCCAUAGGCUAAUUUCGUGGGUUGAAAUUCCACUAGGAUACUUUUCUGACAGCAUGGCUGGUGCAGAUCCAAAAUGGCAGAAGGACGCGGCCGAUCAGAAUUUCGAUUACAUGUUCAAAUUGUUGAUAAUAGGAAACAGUUCGGUGGGCAAAACGUCGUUUCUCUUUAGAUAUGCCGAUGAUAGCUUCACGUCAGCGUUCGUCAGCACCGUCGGAAUAGACUUCAAAGUUAAAACUGUUUUCAGACACGACAAAAGGGUCAAACUACAAAUAUGGGACACUGCAGGACAAGAGAGAUACAGAACUAUUACCACUGCGUACUAUAGGGGAGCUAUGGGAUUUAUUCUAAUGUAUGAUAUUACAAAUGAAGAAUCAUUUAAUAGUGUACAGGAUUGGGUAACUCAAAUCAAGACAUACUCCUGGGACAACGCUCAGGUUAUUUUGGUGGGAAACAAAUGCGAUAUGGAAGACGAAAGAGUCAUCAGUUUCGAAAGGGGAAAACAACUAGCUGAACAACUUGGUGUAGAAUUUUUCGAAACCAGCGCAAAAGAAAAUAUUAAUGUAAAGGCUGUCUUCGAGCGCCUGGUAGACAUAAUCUGCGACAAGAUGUCGGACAGUUUAGACACAGAUCCAACCCUGAUGAGCGGCGGAGCCAAGGGCCAGCGUUUGACGGACGCCCCUCAGGGACCUCAAGCUGCCAAUUGUAACUGUUAAUAUACUUAUAUACAUAAUAUUCUGAUUAAAUACUAAACUGUUGAUACUUCGACCAGGAUGUACGAAAA